AUGCUAACGACAUGGAAUAACGCAGUUGCUGAAUUCGUACCGUUGUCAAUAGUUCAUGUUCACAUGCUUGAACCCUUGUCUUCAGAGCAAGGAUGGGAACUUUUUUGCAGAAAGGCAUUUGGCUCUGACGGUUGUUGUCCUCCAAACUUGACGAAAUUAUCGGAACGUAUUGUUGGAAAAUGUGGAGGUCUACCUCUAGCAAUUGCUGCGAUAGGUGGGCUUCUCUCAAGAAAAAAUAAGAUUGUUUCUGAAUGGGAAAAUAUACUAGGUAGCUUGGGCUCAAAAUUAAGCACUGAUUCCCAUCUUAGUGAUUGCAAGAGAGUUUUGUCCGAAGGUUAUUAUGAUCUUCCUCACCAUCUCAAGCCAUGUCUCUUAUACUUUGGUGUGUUUGCAGAAGGGUGCGAAAUUAGAUUUGGGAGGUUAAUUCGCCUUUGGAUAGCUGAAGGCUUUUUCCAAUACAACAACCAUCUUCCAUCUGAGCGUGUUGCGGAAGAUUACCUGAAAGAACUUAUUGAUAGAAGCUUGGUUCAAGUUUCAAAGAGAAAAGCUUCUGGACGAGCUAGAAGUUGCAGAGUUCAUGAUCUGAUGUACGAGAUCAUUCGCAAAAAGAUGAAGGAAUGUGAUUUUUGUCAUUUCUUUGAUGAAAAAGACUUGAGUCACUUCAGUAAUCCUCGGCACAAAUUGCCCGAGUCUUUCAUGACUACAUUUGUCACUGAUUUCAAGCUCUUAAAGAUACUUGAUUUUGAAAAUGCCCCUUUGGAUUGUCUUCCUGAUGGAGUGGGAAAGCUCUUCCAUUUGCACUACUUAAGUUUGAAAAAUACAAAAGUUAAAGAACUUCCCAAGUCCAUAGGCAUGCUUGUCAACUUAGAGACUCUUGAUUUGAAGUGGACUUUUGUGGUUGAGCUCCCAAUUGAGAUCAAGAAUUUGAAAAAAUUGCAUUGUCUAAUUGUACGACUCUUGGACAACAAAGGUCCUUACUUAAAUAAAGCAAAAAUACAAGAAUGUUUUGGGGCUUUAACAGAGUUGCAGCAGCUACGGUAUGUAUAUGCAGACACUGAAGUACUUGCAGAGCUUAAGAAACUGAGGCAGAUGAGAAAGCUGGGCAUUAGCGUCGCAAAUAGAGAUGUGAAGGAUUUGUUUGCAAUUGUCCACAAUAUGGAAAAGCUUGAAGGUUUGAGUGUAAAAGCGUUGACAAGUGGAGAAGAGCCUCUUGAUAUACAAUCAUUGGCUUCUCCUCCUUUAUGUCUUCAACGAUUUGAUUGGAGAGGGAUGUUUAUUGAAAUUCUACCAGUUUGGAUUUCUAAACUUCACAAUCUAAUCAGAUUACAAUUGGAUUUGAUUGGAUCUACCAAUGAUUCCAUGACAAUCCUUCAAGCUCUGCCUAAUUUAUUGGUGCUUAUACUCUUUGUGCGUGACUCUGAUGAACAAUUGCAUUUCAAAGAAGGUUGGUUUCCGAAGCUCCAACACUUGUAUCUCUACGACUUCAAAGGAUUGAAAUACAUGAUGAUAGAGAAUCGUGCAAUGCCUAGUCUUACAGAGCUGUAUAUUGCACCAUGCCCAUUGUUGAAGGAGAUUCCAACUGGAAUUGAGCAUCUCAAUAACCUAAAGUUGCUUUCAUUUCGUAUGAUGUUGAAGGAGGUUUAUUGCAUGAUAAAAAAGGAGAACUGGGAGAAUGUCACUAAACACAUUCCACAAAUACAUGUCAGCUAUACACCGACAAAAGGAGGUAAAUACUAUUUUCUCACCAGUAAAUAUUUGUCAUCUCUUUUGGCAGAAGAUUUUGAGAAGCUAUUGAAGAAAUUGAGGCCGAGUAACGAGUAG